UCAAUUGAGUAUUUUGAUAACUAGGCACGAUCUGAUAUGGGACUUGAGUCUCGCUUCGAUGUUGCGCUUCAAGAAUGAUCGUGGCUUGCGCUACGACCUGGCUACCCAUCCAGAAGAGAUUCUGUUGGCCCGUGGCAAGACUACCACCUUUGGUCGUCGACGAAACAAUGAUGUGUGUUUGGACAGCCUGAAGCCGCAGCUGAUAUCCCGACUACACGCUCACAUUACCGGCGAGGAGGAAAGUGUGUUCACCCUCACUAGUAUUGGUAUGAAUGGUGUGGCGGUGAACGGGGUGCUCGUGAAAACUCCCGUCCGCCUGCGCCACGGCGACGAGGUGGUCUUCGGAGGCGACAAAUCUUUGUCGGAGCUGGUGUACGAGUUCAUUGCGUCAUCGGUGACGUCAUGCGGAGGAACUGAUGCAGCUGCCCAGGCUGGCAGCAGCUGCACGACGGCUACCACAGCAUCCGGGGCGAGAUCAGCGGCCGCGGAUGUCGGCGAGGGCGUGCACGCCAGUCCCGCCGAUCCAGGCGGGCUGCCGUCAGCCGUCGCUAGCGUUGCCCGCGUGUGCAGCAACGCCGCUGUUUCAUCGAGAGCAUCGCAGUACAGCCAGUGCGUCGGUGCGCGCACCACUGGCACUAGCAGAUCGUUGACAUCCACAACAGCCAGCCCCACGUCGGCAACAUUGACGGCCGUCAGUCGAGAGCAAGUCGACAGCGCGGCGACUCCGGACGCCGCGGCUCGGGCCGCAUCUAGUGCACACGCCGGGAUUGCUUCAGCAACAGCUGUUGCUGCCGCCGGGCCUCGGCCGUCGACUACUCAAGUUGCUGCGGCGACCACCGUGUCGCCGGGGAGAGAUCCCACCUUGCUUGCCGUGGCUGCGGAGCUGACGGUGACUGAGCACACUGGCACUGCGGCGGCAGUGGCAUUUCCCGCGGCGCUAGCGAGCGGCGGCACUGACGAGCUUGUCGUGUCCGUUGACCGGCCCGUUUCCUCCCAGUCGCAGUCGUCGCCGCCGCGUGAGGAGUCGCAGUCCGGCGCCUUGUUCGCAGGCGUGCAGACUAUACGGCCUGAUGAAUCGGCAGCUUUGCAACGAAACCGUCCGCCGGCUGGCGUUCCAGCCGUUGGAGCGACGGCGUCCCACGGCUCUGCUGUGGAGUCCGUGAGUGCUAGUGGUGGCGAUGGUCGACGUCUGGCUGCUCCAGGCACGACAACUGCGGCGACGAGUGGUGUUGAAUGCACGGGGUCUCUGUCGCCGCUUCGCAUACCGCGGUCUGCUGCAGUGAAGCGACCGCACGAGGAUGCUGCUGGAGAGAUGCAGGUUGAUGGCUCAGAUGUUGUCGUUACCUCUGCCUCCACCGCCAGUGCCCGUGUUGGUAACGUUCAAGCGGCUAAUAAUGUCAUUGUUGUAGGCGAGGGCAGUGAUGCUGACGACGACGACGAUGUUGUUCUUGUGAAUCCUGGUAGCACUGCGCGUGCGACGGCACACUCUGUAGCAGUCACCUCGGCAACGUCAGCAGCUGCUUCAGUUGCCCCGGCAAUGUCAACGGUUGCUUCAGUUGCCCCAGCAGCUGCCUCGGCGGCAUCAGCAGUUGCUACGGCGACACCAGCAGCUGCUGCAGUUGCCUCGACAACGCCGGCAGCUGCCGCAGCAGCAGCACCACCAGUGGCUGCCAUGCCUGGCUGGGUGGAUAACAUGAACAAGCAGUUCAUGUGCUGUGUCUGUCAGGAGUUGAUGGUACAGUCCACCGUACUCAAGUGCUCUCACACAUUCUGCUGGACGUGCAUCGAGAGCUGGCUGAAGAAAAACAAGACUUGUCCAAUGUGCCGUGCUCCUGCCUCGUUGGCCACCAGUAUUCGAACAAUGGUGCUCGACAAUGCCAUUGACUGCUUUGCCGAGACUCUUCCUGAGGAUGAGAAAGCUGACCGGGAGGCACGGCUAAAGAAACUAAAGGAAGCCAAGUCAGCGGCCGCCGCGGCCGCUCCACCAGCAAAGCGGGCAAACACACGCGCCACCACCGUGAAUGUGCAGCCAGCCAUUAUCAACCUGGACGGUUACCAGGUUGGGGAUGGUGACGAUGAUGAUGAUGAAGACGACGACGAUGAAGACGACGACGACGAUGAAGACGACGACGAUGAUGAAGGCGAUGAUGGUGGUUAUCCGUAUGGUUACGAGAGCUAUGAUGACGAUGACGCGUCAGAGGAUAGCUACGGUCGGCGUCCGGAGACUAAUGUGUACAGUUUUGAAAUAUCGCCUAGCAACCGUGCAAUGUGCCGCACUUGCCAUCAUCCCAUCGCCCUUGGGGUACUACGCUGGCGGCGAGUGUCUAACGCCGACUACAUGUACUACGAGCAGACGGAGUUCUACCACUAUGCCUGCAAGGAACCGGCAAGGCGCUUCCUGGCUCCAAGAGACCAGCAAGUUCUUCGCGGACUGUCAGCGACUGAUCGUGCCCUGGUCACUGCUUACUACAAUCGCACAGCGUAGUGUGUGGCUGGCUGUACCCAGUGUGUUGGCUUUACCCACCCGAUGCGUUACGUAUCUCGUGCGUUAGUUUCGCCCUACGUCUGUGUGCGUCCGUCUCACGCGGUAUGUGCGUGUGUGUGUUGCUGUCGAGAUCCGCACGUCGCGGCACGCACUCGGUGCGUUGGUUUUGAGUUUUUGACCCGCUGAAUGCAUUACGUGUCUCGUGCAUUGGUUUCGCCGUACACCCGUGUUCGUUCAUAUGGCGUGACUUGAUUAUGAUGCUGGGAAUGGAUGGUGCGUGCGCGUGGGUGCCGCUGUGCAGCCCAGAAGAAGAAACCAUCAUUCUAGUGUUCUUGUUGUCGAGAUCGGAGCGUCACAGUGUGCACCUCCCUGCUGUGGCACCACCGUGCAUCUCAUCCACUCAAAGACUGCGCUCUCUCCGGCCUGUUUCCACAAGUAUAUGGAACGCGAGGCACGCACGUACGAUGACCGCGGAAUUCCGCGCGGACGCGGUCGGUACCAUCGCCGCAUGGUGUCACCGGAGAAUCACUUCAACACAGUGCGUAUCAUGUAGUUGGUCUGCACCAGGCUGGCGCUCGCUCGGCCGUAUCUGCUGCUUUUUAGUUGGCUCGCAUGCAUUGCUGCUCAGCCGUAUUCGGAACUCAUCAUACCAACCCUAGCGUAUACCUUAGUUCUCCUUUCGUUCACGGAGUACCUAUUCGGCUGCUACCGUAGUCUGCUGUAUGAUUUGAUGUACUUGUACUGUGCAUAGCAAGUGCGGCUUCAGAACACCCAUUCGACCGCCCUGGGAUUCAUCGAUUUUCGUGUAGCUCCCGUGGCUUCCGAUGUUCUCUCCUUCUUCUCGUUCUGGCUGUGUAGGUGUUGUUGUUGUUGCCGCUGCCCAUGCUGUCCUGGCUGGACUUAGCGGUGUGGGUGCGGGCAUCCAGAAUCUCCGUGGCGUGACGCGCUGGACAUUGUUUGUUUUCUUCCCGUCGUUUAAGCAAGUAGGCGUUUCGGACGAUCUCCAACUUUCUAGGUAUUUUACUUCUCUCUGUGUUUUGGUCGCUCGCGUGCUUCAUAGCUGUUAUUUGUUGCUGUUGUUUGUGUUGUUUUUGCGCACAAAUCAUAUCCAGGCUUACCAAGUUCACAACCCCCCUGAGUUAUUUUUGCACGUGUUGAUUACUGGCACCACUGAUUUUCAUUUUUUUCACUUAGGUCUGGACCGAUCAUGGAUUUUUGCCCGCGCCCGAUUUCUCUUUAGUUCAACAAUCAAUUACU